AUGGAUCACCAUGUCCUUUCACUCGUCACCAUCUCUAUCUUCUUCUUCUUAACUACCUCUCCACAAUCCCACUGCCAAGAAGAAGGAACCAAAUUCUCACGGUGUAGCAGACCAGACACCUGCGGAAAAGUGUCCAACAUUUACUACCCUUUCUGGGGUCAGAACCGACCCAGUUACUGUGCCAGCACCGAGCAGUUAAAACUCAACUGUGAAGAACCUAACCAACAAACUAAUUUUCAACUUGAUUCGCAGAAUUUCACAGUGCUAAAGAUUGAUGCAUUAUAUGAAACCAUGAGGUUGGUUCGAACAGACAUCGUCUAUGAUGAUUGUUCCUCGGACUUAACUAACACCUCUUUGAGCUCCACCGUCUUUAAAUACCCCGAAACCGUGCACAACAUAACCGUAUUCUACGGCUGUCCCUCUGGGUUUUCCUUUGGUGAGAGAAACUUCACGUGCAAGAAUGACAGAACUCAGUUUGGUUUCUAUGCUGAGAUGACAGAUGGGUUGUCGGCCGAGUUUCCUGAGCUUGAGCAAUGCGAGCUUCGUAUCCAAGUGCCGAUUUUCAGAGAAUUUUUGCUGGUGUCUGAUGGCGGAAUAGACUCUCUGAAAGAAGCUGCUUCUCGAGGGUUUGACGUUUACUAUAGAGCUGCUGAUGGUAAAAGGUGCAGGACGUGCGAAGAAAGUAAAGGAUUUUGCGGAUCUAUGGAGAUUUCUAAGAACCAGUUUGCGUGUCAUUGUUCAGAUGGAUCAGAAGAUCUGGAAUGCUACGGUUACAGUGCUAAUCACAGUAGUUCGUGA